GUUAUUAAAGGCGUCAGCCCGCCCUUUGCCUGUCUCUUUCCGUCUCCGGCAGCCGCGGCGAGAGGAGCUGCCACCAUGUCCGCACACCUGCAAUGGAUGGUCGUGCGCAACUGCUCCAGCUUCCUGAUCAAGAGGAACAAGCAGACUUACAGCACUGAGCCGAAUAACCUCAAGGCCCGCAACUCCUUCCGCUACAACGGCCUCAUACACCGCAAGACCGUGGGCGUGGAGCCGGCGGCUGACGGCAAAGGCAUCGUGGUGGUGAUGAAGCGCCGAUCCGGCCAACGGAAGCCCGCAACCUCCUAUGUGCGGACCACCAUCAACAAGAAUGCAAGGGCCACCCUCAGCAGCGUCCGUCACAUGAUUCGCAAGAACAAGUACCGCCCGGACCUGCGCAUGGCUGCCAUCCGCAGAGCCAGUGCCAUCCUGCGCAGCCAGAAGCCCGUGGCUGUGAAGAGGAAGCGGGCACGCCCUGCUAAGAGUGCCUGAGUGCAUCCCCAGAUCAAUAAAGGCAUCUGCCGAUUCCCCUCA